AUGAGUUACUCCAGCGAUAUCUACAGCAGCAGCUCCUAUCGUAGGAUCUUUGGAGAUGCGCCCCGGUCAGGUCGCGUAGGUCUGGGCAGCAGCAGCCCGUCCCGUCUUCACUCCUCGGGUUACCGCAGCAGCCACCGCACUUAUGGCUCCCCGUCUGUGGUCUCCUCCACCACCUACCGCAGGACAGCGGCUCCUGGUCGCACCUUCUCCUCCAUCCCGGACUCCGCCAUGGACCUGACCCAGUCCACCGCCGUCACCAACGAGCUCAAGAUCAUUCGCACCAACGAGAAGGAGCAGCUGCAGGGUCUCAACGACCGCUUCGUGUCCUUCAUCGAGAAGGUCCACAACCUGGAACAGCACAACAAAGUCCUGGAGGCCGAGGUAACUCUGCUGCGCCAGCGCAACAACGAGCCGUCGCGCCUGCACGAGCUGUACGAGCAGGAGAUCCGCGAACUGCGGGCGCGCGUGGAGGAGCUGACUCACGAGAAGAGCCAGAUGCACCUGGACUGCGUGCAGAUGAACGAGACGCUGGAGCGCGUGAGGGAGAAGCUGGAGGAGGAGAGCAGGCUGCGGGAGGAGGCGGAGAAUGCCUUGAAGGGCUACCGUAAGGACGUGGAUGACGCCACCCUGGUGCGCCUUGAGUUGGAGAAGAAAGUGGAGUCUCUGCUGGAUGAGAUCGCCUUCCUGAGGAAAGUUCAUGAAGAGGAGCUGCAGGAGCUGCAGACUUCCCUACAGGCAACUCAGGUGUCAGUAGAGAUGGACAUGAGUAAACCCGAUCUGGCUGCAGCUCUGAAGGACAUCCGGGCUCAGUAUGAGAACCUGUCAGCUCGGAACCAGGUCCAGGCUGAGGAGUGGUACCGCUCCAAGUUUGCCAAUGUGACAGAGGCUGCUGCUCGCAACCAGGAUGCCAUCAAGCACUCAAAGGAGGAGCUGAGCGAGUACCGUAGGCAGGUGCAAGCCCGCACCCUGGAGAUUGAGGCCCUUAGGGGCCACAAUGAAGCCCUUGAGAGGCAGAUUGCUGAGAUGGAGGACCGCCACAACAAUGAGAUCGGAGAGAUGCAAGACACGAUUCAGCAGCUGGAAGCUGCUCUGCGAAGCACCAAGGGAGAAAUGUCCCGUCAUCUGCGUGAAUACCAAGACCUGCUGAAUGUCAAGAUGGCCCUGGACAUUGAGAUUGCUGCUUACAGGAAGCUGCUGGAAGGUGAAGAGUGUCGCCUGAGCUCAGUGAGCAGCGCCAUGGUCCACUCUGGAUAUUCUGGACUGUCCUACACGUCGUCGGCCCGUGCCUACGCCCUCGGAGCUUACAGGAAGCCCAAGCAGGAUGAGGAGGAAGAGGAGGCAGGAGACGAGGAGGAGGAGAAGGAGGAAGAAGAGGAGGAAGUAGAGGAGGAGGAGGGGGAUGAGGUAGAAGGAGAAGAGGAAGAUGAGCAGGAGGAAGGUGAGGGAGAUGGAGAGGAGGAGGGAGAAGAGGAAGAGGAGAAGCCAGCAGAGAAGGAGAAGGAGAAGGAGAGCUCCACCGGGAAGAAAAGCAAGAGCUAAACUGCUUGUGUCAUCAGCAACAUCAAUAACUCAUCUCACAUCCCACCAAUCACCUGUGGGUCUGCUUCCUAUUCAUAUCAUCUCUGUGUUUCCAAUUACUCGCACACAUCAGCCCACUCCAGAUGCCUCCCGCCUUCACACCUGUCAGCUCAGAUGGGAUCCCUUUAGACAAUGUCAGAUGGAGAAGUAGAAAUAGCAAGGAAUGUGUAGUGAUCACAAAAGCAUUUCAAAUAUCAAUGAUCCAGUAAUGCUCUGCUUUUACAUCUCUGAUGAACAAAAGGCUAGCAUGAAUCCCACAAAACGGAAAACCGAUCAAAACGUGAAUGUUUCUUCCUGCGAUAUGUGCCAUUGAGGAUCCAUUUUUACUCAGAAGAGAGCAAACCCACCUCGGAGGUAAAAAUAUAGUCAGCACACAGACUCUGAAGAUAAAUGCACAGAUCCUGGAGCAUGAGAAGCAGCCUGUCCAACUUUUAUGGUGCUAUUUGAUUUUUACAUAACCAAGUUGGGGAGUUCGUUACAUGAGGAAUUUUAUUACAGAAAACAGCCCAGUCAGCUCAUUUCUGAAUGCAGAUGUCAAAUUUAAGGAAGGAAAAUUAGCUGAACAUUCUGGUGAGGAGAAUUUUCCAACCUCACAUUUAAAAUUCUUUCUCAUUUCAGUCCAUUUAGUCCUGCUGUCAUUGUGCUUUUAUUUGCUGCAGCAUUGCAACCUUGAUCUUCGAGAAAGCAUUUUGUGCAAGUGUGUGUGAGGCUGUGUGGUGUUGAAAAGGAGCGGUGCUGCCACUUCUCUGGGCAAAAUGCAUCUUUAUGAAUGAAAAUGUAGAGCUUUAACUACUGCUAUGUGUAUUUUUUGAGAGCUAUAACCAAUCCAAACCUUUGAUUGAUUCAUUUGUCAAAGAGUUCCUUUCAUAUGUCAUUGAAAAAAUCAUGUUUUUGUUCCUUCUCAUGUAAACACAGCAGCACCUUUGUUUGACUUUCUAGGAAAAGAAUAUUGAUGGAUGCUGGGUUUUAUGAUGUAGAGUCAUUAAUAAGGGCUAUACUCACCAUAUCUUUCUUUAACUUUGCCCUGAAAUGUUUUGAUUGCUGCUGUUCCUCAUUUUGUUCUGGUUUUGUUUUUGACAAAUGAAUCAAGCAACAGGUCUGAAUGCAUGACCUGAUACCUGGAGCUUAAAUAAUGGCUGAUUCGGAAAGAUUUUGCUCGAUAUGUCUUCAAUUAAAGAGAAAUUUUGAUUAAAAAGAUAUUUGCCUUAACCACAAAUGAAAGUAAAUAAAUCUCACUUGUUCCCGGUAAGACAGGAGUGCUGACACUUUCCAAAUUCUGCUUAUACAACUGUGAUUGUACAUGCUGUUCCUUCCUCAAAGCCAAAUAAAGACAU